AUGGCCGGUCAGAUUACGAUCGGGAUUACUACGUUGCUGUUUAUCGCAGUUGCGGUUGCCGAACAGUCGACGAUGCAGUAUGACACCAUCGUGGUGGGGUUAGGCGCAGCGGGGGUGACCGCUGCUUCGACCCUGGCCAGCGCGGGUCGAAAGGUGCUAGGCUUGGAGGCGCAGGGUCGCAUCGGCGGCAGGGUCCACACAGUGCCCUUUGGCGAUGGCGUGGUCGAGCUAGGCGCAGAGUGGAUCCACGGCCAACACGGCAGCAGAGUGUACGAGACGGCGGUGAGGAACAACGUGACGGUGCUGUCUCAGAACCUCACCCUCGACGUGUACCGCUCUGACGGCAGUCGGGCGGAUUCGGUGCUGGUUAACGAGCUGGUCGAAUACUGCCUCUCCGCCGUGGAGGCGGCUGCGUACGAGACCGUACCCUUGGGAGAAUUCAUCACUAGGAAACUGAAGGAGACCAGGCCCGAGCUCCUGGAGGACGAAGACUUCCUCGAUUCGUUCCUCGACCUCAUGGACCUGGUGGUGGACAACUACGAGGGCUCGGACAGCUGGUACGAUGUCAGCUCGCGCACCGACUACGAGGAGUUGGGCGGUGACCAGCACCUGAGCUGGCACAGGCACGGAUACAAGACCUUCUUCGAGCUGAUGCUUAACACAUAUCAGGGCGGGCCGGGAUAUCCGAAUCUGGACAUUAAACUGAACGCGGAAGUGUCGAAAAUCGCUUGGCCCCAACGCCCAUCGGAGCUGGUGCAAGUAACGUGCGCGGACGGACAGACGUACAAAGCGAACAACGUCAUAGUGACCGUUUCGGUUGGUGUGUUAAAGGACAGACACCGGUCGCUUUUCGAACCGCCCCUUCCUGAGGCCAAGGUACUAGCCGUCUCGCGCCUGUCCAUGGGCACCGUUGACAAAGUGGUCCUCGCGUUCCCCCAUCGCUGGUGGCCGGACCACGAGAGCUACUGGUUCCGGCAGACGAGACUCGAGAGGGAACGGGAACUGAACGAGACCGGCUGGGUCAAUUACUUCGCUUCGUCCGCCAUGGGCUCCAGGAACGCGAUAAGCGUGUGGCACGCCGGUAGAACGGCGCGGCUGGUCAGUGAAUGGGGCCCGGUGAUGCGGGGUCCGGUUGGGCCUGGUCGUGCGAUGCAUGCGGGACAUACAGGGCACGCGAGCCUCUUCACUCCCCCAGUGCCUAAGGUCAAAGUGAAAGCCAUAAACAGCCUCACGAUGGGUGUCAUGGAUAAGAUCGUUUUCACCUUCACAAAACCCUGGUGGCCCACUUCGCACACCUUCUUCGGGUUCCUUUGGAGGCCCGAGGAUAGGAGGAAGGUGGCGAGGGAGGAUCGCUGGACGACCAGGAUAUUCGGAGCGAGCUCUCCCUUGGGAUCCGGGAACACGCUCACGCUGUGGACCAGCGGGGAGUCCGGGAAAUUGGUAGAAACUUUACCCGAGGACUUGGUCAAGAGGAAAUCCGUCGAGCUCCUACAGAAGUUCCUCGGUGCCAACGUCACCGUGCCAGAGCCGACUGGAAUGAUCAGAACGACGUGGUAUUCGAACCCAUACACUAGGGGUAGUUACACUUUCGACAGCAUGGAGUCAAUGAAGUACCCAGACUCCAGAAAGGACCUUGGUACACCCCUAUUAGACAGUGCUGGCACCCCUAGAGUUCUCUUUGCGGGUGAGGCGACCAACCUCAGACACUUCUCGACUGUCCACGGUGCCAGCGAGACUGGCUACAGGGAGGCGAUGAGGUUACUGCCUUCUAGUAAAAUU